UUCGAUUACCACACAGCAGGUGGACGUUUCCAAUUGCAGUAUUGAGAAAGAAGUAACAAGACUACCGGCGUUCAAUUCGCAACAUCAAUCUUCAAUAGAUAUCCAUCAACUUUGUUCUAUUUCCUACUUCUUCUAGCAGUGCGGAAACAAGAAAGGCCGCACGAGCGGCAGCUUGCUCAUUAUCGACAGACAAGAACUAAGAUGGUACUACCUAACGACAAAGCCCAAUCUCCAAGACUCGACUUGAGCGGCCAGACAGUGAACGUGGUGCAGCACGACGUGCUAGACGAGAGCAAUGGUACGAACGGACGCAGCGGAAGUAGCGACGAGGUGAACGAGUUCACGAAUCCGGAUCAUCGUGCGGACCAAACACCAACGAUGCGACAUGCAGCCUGGUACGAUGUGUUUACUCCUUCGAGGGCAGCAAGAAAUAACAACGGGGAUCAUGGCGAGAGCGGCAGCGGUAGUUCCAGCGCGUCAGUGGCGCAGAACACUAGCAACGGCCACUCGAACUCAACAUCUUCGCGCAAUUUUUCUUCAAAUUCGCACUCCUUCGGGCGGUUCGGUUACAUGAUUCCCGACUUCAAGGCCCGGUCAACGGAAAUGUGGAACCGGGCGCCGUCGGUGGACCAAGUGUUUGGUGGCCCUUUGACGUUCGCGAUGUCUUCGGCCUCGACUUCCAUGUACACCCACGACACGAUGGCCUACUCCCGCCCGUUGAGGAGCUGGAAGCCCUCUCUCGUGGGAUUUGGUACAUACGAUUACGAAUGUUGAUCCGUAGAAAUGCAAAUUCAUUGUUUUUGUGAACGUAUGAGCAGAGCGGUGAGGCGGGGAGCUCUUUCUGUGGCUUGUUAAGUUCCCGUACUCAAUAAAAUUUAGAUUUUCCCUGAGGACUGAUUGGAUCUCCUUGUUGAGCGUUGAUGAAGAUCGUGAAGCAAACCAACACGAAAAACUUCCCAACAGCUCUACUGGUCGACUUACUUACUGCCGUCGUGACGAUUUUGUCGACUCAGGAGGUGACGUCCUCCUGCUCCCCGGAAGGCCGGUUUGUCUAUCAGCUGCUCGUGACAUUUGGCGCCGGGUUUGACGUCCUCUUGCACACCCGGUGGUCGCGUUAUCACAACAGCAUUGCAGAAAAGGGCGGUCCGGCGCAGUGGUAUGGCCACGGCAUGAAGUUUUUGACGGUCUUCACGCAGAUUCUGUUCGUCACCUUCGCCGCGCUCGUCUGUUUUGUCUUUAGAACGACGAACGCCUGCAGGCUGGUAAUAGAAAUAGAAGUUUAAGUAUAGGCGAUUUUCAUUUCUUCCCCUACUCCUACUGACCUUGUUACACUUUUUCCGCAAGUACUCAUGCCCUUCGACUAAAGAAAAACCAUUUUGACAGAUGAACUUCGAUCUGUGGUGGAUCGCGUUGGUGCAGUUGGUAUCGUUCUCGUUGCAGAUCCUGUACUCCGUCAUCAACUUUGCGAUCUCGCUGUACGAUUUUUCGUACCGGCCUGAAACGAUAGAAAACCUGGUCGAAUCUCGCGAGCUACUGCGUUUUGCCAAGUACGCCUUGCUUCGCUUAACGCCGAGUGUCGCGAUUUUGGCGUUUUUCGUCGUGACGGUGGUAACCGCUCCGACGGGGACGGCCACCGGCGCACCACCCCCCACGGGUGGCAUCCCGGCAUUCACCGAGGAACCGCUCAAGGCGAUAUCCGAGUUUGGACACGAAUACGCCAAUGCGCUUGUGGGCUUGGUCUUGGUCACCUUCUUGGUGCUUGAUACGGGGUACGUUGUUUUUGGUCACCGAGAAGAUUGGAUCAAGCGCACCUUGACCAAUCGCCCCGCCUGGACCCCAAUUGCUUUGAGCAUUCUCUUCAUUCUGUUCGCUUGGUACGUUCUAUUGGUACCCCAGCCCUUCUUCGCAGAUCGCUUCUUCUACGCAGACGUCGGGGUACUGAAAUUUGUUCUCACAACUGGCCUUUUUUUUCAUGCUUGUCCUUCUAGUUUGCCUUCUUGGCAAUUGCAUCGUAAUAACAUACCGCCCGAAGUUUCUGCGAAAAGUCACGGCAUACUUUGAAACGUCUUCAAAUGGAAAUGAUUUAUAAACAACCGAACUGCAGGUUUUAUCCCUGUUUUCCAUCUUUAUCGCUGGCCUAUUGUACCGUCUGUUGUUGAAGGAGCCCGACGAGUAUGGCGGAUUCUAUGAUUUCGCGGAGCAGCAGCCGCUCAUGCAAGAGGAACCGAUGCCCGAGCCAGAAUUCACCACCAUCGCUCGACCGGCUGGUGCAGCAUUCUAGAUGAACAAAAUGAAGAUUGAUGCAACUGUAUAAUGUUUGAAUCCGCAAAAAAAAAACUUAACUUUGAUUUUGCUUACGGUCUGAAAGCUACUUGUUGAAUUGACACUGUCAGAGUCAUGCUCUUCGAUUAUGUGCGUUUCCGUUUCCGUUUCAUCCCGUUUCCACUUUUGACUUUGAGCUUAUCAUAUUGUCCGAAUGAAUGCCACCGAUGAGCUUUUUGAACUGUUUUUGCUGCCUGCUACGCAUGCUUGGUAGUAGGAGAUGCGUUUCUUAUCGAUGAAUGUUGAUUCAAAUUUUGCUAGCACGAUGUUUCAAAAUGCAGCAGCCAAAGCCGGCUAUCAAGAAACCAAGAAAACGAAAACCUAUGGCAGCUAUGUAUGCAUCAACCAUAGCAUCGGGGUCGGGCAUCUCAGUUCUUUCAAUUAUACCGAUGAACUAUAUGUCUUCGCACUCCAUUCUUUGCUUACAAGAACUCGCCAUGGUCCUUGGGGAUCAUCGAAAAUAAAAGAUGUUUCAAGUGCAUUCGAUGACCAGGUUUCAAGAGAGACAGGAAAGUCAAUGGAUAAAUCGUUGUUGUUGGAAGGCCUCGCAACCGUUGCAGCGUAUGCGCGCGAAUUUUGAUUUUGAAAGAAUUGAUGAUUG